UACUUUUGAUAGUUGAAUUAUUUCCUCGUAUUGAUACUCCUUCCAUAGAAAAGUACACAUAAUCCUGUGAUUUUCUAUACUUUUUUCAUCGAUAUAUUGAAUUAUCAAGCUGCUAAGGAUUUGUUCAGAAAGACGUUGUCCUUUAUUUAUUAGGAUCUACGUACCAAUAUUCAAGCUUGCCUCUCCACACUGAGAUUUGCAGUGCCAAGUUUUGUAUUAUAAAAGCAUCGUACUCUAGCCAUUUCACUUUUUUUCUUUGGAUCUUUUCUUGAAGCCCAAGAACUUGCUUAGGCCUUUACUCUUUCCCGUUUACCUCACAUUUUACAUUAAAUUUUCUCUUGUUUUUCUUUUAGUGGACUACCUUCGCUUGCUUUACUCAAGGGAACAUAGUCUCAUCCAUCUCGCUAUUGCCUUUUGGACAGUACGUAAAUAAACAAACGUACCUCCAACUGAGUGUAGCUUUCGAACUUGUCUUGUUUCUUUUACUUCAUUAUCUAUUUAUUUAUUCCACCAGAGGAACUCGUUUCCUCUUUAAGGAUCUUUCGCUCGUUAUCCAUUCGUUGACUUUGAUUGUAAAUUAUUAGGACUUUUGACUUUUGUUUUUUUUUCUUUAAAGUCCUAUACAUCUAUCAUCGACUGCAUCCAUUUAUUUAGAUUUUUUUACCUGUUUUUAUUUUCAAAAUUAUUUGUUGCAUUUCUUUUCUUGCUUUACUUUUUAGAAAUAAAUCUAGGAAACUUUUGAUAUCUUGGACGAACAAUCUGAUUGUGAACUCAUUUUGUCAUUCCUAAGGGACCGAACGAUUUCAUUCAGCAAGACGAACCCAAUUCAGUUUGACAAUCUUCAAUCAUUUUUCACCUGGUUCUAAGCCUGAAUUUACACAUCUCAUAUCCUUGAUUUUUCGUUUCCACGCAUUUACACUCGCAUCUAUUUCUAGCCUACUCACAACAUAUACGUUAUGUCGAUUCAAAAUUCGAGAUAUCAUUAUCCAGAUACUCCACCUCUUCGACUUUCUUCACAAGAGCUUUCUGACUCGACGGUUUCUGUCGCCUCAAACUCCAAAUCUCAAAUUCAGAAAGGACUAUACCAGACACUAAUUGCCAAUUCGAACCCUUCUUCGUCUUUUAUACAGAAUAAUGUAACAGCCUUGUCCGCUUCUCGCGCACCAACUAACCCCCGUCGUACAAAGCGAGGAAGACGAACGAAAAAAUCGAAAGCAGAAGCACCAAGUAUAAAACGCGCACGAUUGCAUCGAAGCAAAACGACAAGCGAUUUGUCAUCCCUUGAAAAUAAAGAAUUAACCACAACGUCAAAACCGUCGAGCAUUUUAUUGAAUUCACAUUCUUUAGAGAAUAUCCCAAGUACCUCUGAACUAAAAGCCCGCAAAGCUGUUCUUGAAUCUCGUUUCCAUCGCUUGUCACAUGCUCUCGCUGAAUACUACACUAAUCGAAUCAAAAAAGCUGAACAUGACAUUCAUAAUGAUAUACAUCCUGUUAUCAAUCGGGAACUUCAAGUUUUCGCUGCUGAUUAUGAAUCUCGGAUACGAAUCUCUACUAAUUCAGCAACUUUCGUUCAGCGUCAGUUAGAGAAUUACCUUUCUUAUAGGCUGCAAACAAUCUCAAAAAAUUAUCAAAGAUACGCUAUGCUUAUACGGCAACACUUGUUAUGCAAAACGAUGAAGCAGUAUCAAAACCUGUGCGGACGCCGUGUAUGCGAUAACUUAACUUUAAUAUCCGACCCUUCCACCAUCCAACAAGAACAUAAGCCUGCUCAAAAAAUCUCCGAAUCUACCUUACCUCGUGUGACCCCUAUAUUCCUACCCCAAAUCCCGAGUGUCCUUUCCGACCAGCAAGCCCUAGAUGAUUUGGCUCUUUGUAAUGUCUAGCUAUGAAUAUUUUUAUGUACUGAUGCGACGCAUUUCACCCAUGUGUUUACUGUUACUUCCGUUAUAAUCCUAUAUACGAUAUUAUUUCUCUAUUUAUGCAAGUGCAAACCAUCAUAUCACGAGAACGAUCAUAUAGUAUUUAGACCUUUCACAUGUAAAACUUCAUACUUUGCUAUCGUGAGUACUACCACAUAUUAAAUAUACGCCAUAGCUCUACGCUCUCGGUUAUUACAAGAUGCAUUAUAUUCAGAUAUUAAUAUACAUAACCAACAAUAGUCUAUGUUUCACGAGAUUCAAUUAAUGUACCAUAACCUU